AUGACGCACAGUCGUAACGUCAUGACGGACUGAGUCGUGACGUCACGACGCACGGGGAAAUCACGUGGUGCGUCAUGGCGGCCCCCUGAGUAACAUUGAGACAGCGCGUUGACGGGCAGGAGAAAUUGCUGUCUUUAGCAUCGGUGGAGUUGAGCGAUCUGCAUGGCGACCACGAUGCGUCACGUGACACGUCUGGUCCGACUCAUCACAGCAAGUAGGAGUGGGGCCUGGCGGCCUGCGCUCGAGCCUGCCUCGCCUAAGUGGCCUCCAGGGGCCAUGUGCGGUUUUCCCGGGGUUGCAGAGCGAUGGAUGUCCACCAAGAAGAGCAAAGCAAAGGCUAAGUCGGGUGGUGGAGGUGGAGCGGCGAGGGUGAGCGUGCCGCCCGAGCUGGUGGACGACGUGAUCAACCUUGAAGGCGUGCGCGGGGAGAUGGACGCCGCCCUCGCCUCUCUCCGUGAAGACCUCCUCAAGGGCGUGUCGUUGCGCACCGCCCCAGGCGCGCUGGACCACGUUGCCGUGGUGACCACAGAGGGCAGAGUUCCGCUCAAGCAAAUCGGUCAUGUGACUGUGCGCUCACCCAGCCUGCUCGUGGUCAACAUGGCUGCCUGUCCACAGGCAACGGAAGCCGCUGUGCAGGCGAUUCGCACAAGUGGCAUGAACCUUAACCCGGAAGUGGAUGGAGACAUUAUCCGUGUGCCAGUGCCCAAGGUGACGCGCGAGCAUCGUGAGAACCUGGGGCGUGUGGCCAAGCAGCUGGGCACGCGCUGCAAGGAUGCACUGCGGUCCGUGCGGAACGCGGCGGUGACUCGCGCGCGUCGAUCACGUGAUUCUGUCUCCGACGACGUCAUCCGGCUCGUCGAGAAGCAGAUUCAGCAGAUGGCGGACGAGACGAGCGACGAGGUGGAUCGGCUUAUCGUCGCAAAAACCAAGGAGUUGCUGGGCUGAGCCACGUGGGGAGGGGCCCCUCAUGCCUACUACGGAGUGGAACGGGGGAGGGCAGGGGCCCUCCAGCCUGAAUCUACAUGGCAAGACCUCUUACGUCGGGGCCCCCUAUAGCCUGGGCUCCCAUGGCAGGGCCAGGGACCCCACAAACUAAUUUUUCCUAUGGACUUGCUCCAGGUGUGCCCCCCACUGCCCGUGUGCCAAGAUUGUAUUUGCCAGGACUCUACUAGUGUGUGUGCGUGUGUAUGAGUGUGUGCACGUGUGCGUGCGUGUGUGUCUGCCCCCUGGGCCGUGUAACCGGAGUGCCGUGUGUGGUGACGGCUCGGAACGGAAUCUUGCCGUCACCGCGCGUGGCGCUCGGCACGUGCCAUGCGGAGACGGAGCCGUGUUUGGAUUAAUCAGGGCGGAAUGCGGUGCGGGGAGACGUUCGCUCACCUGGUGAGCGCAUGAGCCCCGUGCCUCCACAUGGGGCCGUGGCUCCACCAUACUCACCCUGCGCAUGUGUGAGGAGCGGCGGUGCAGCGUCUAGCGCACCACGCUACGAAUUCAGCGAUUUGUAUUUGAUCGCUGCGCAUGGCCAACGUCAGUGGUGGAUAUCUGAACCGGGCCUCUCCUAAGUAGACUUAAAUGAGUAUCCAGUGCAGGGCAUAGACAUCAGCACUGAGGAAAUAAAUGCGGCCAGGGGUGGUGUUGAUCAUACCACCCCCUCGUGCGCCGUGCCAGUCUUCAUAGGUCCUUGUUAAUAGCACUUGCCCUAAACAGUAUGGUCGGGCUAUAGGGGAGAUCUUUGCAAUUGUAUAGUUGUGGGUGUAUGCCCACACUGUGUACACGUCUAGCACAAACACAUACACACGUGUACACCACACAAUGCAGGAGGGAGCUCGUGUGUGUGUAUGAGUGUGUGCGUGCGUGCUCAGCGUGGAGGUCCCGGAGUGGGCACCAUUUCUAUUUUUACUCGGAUUUCCCGUAUCCCCCCCCAGCCUUGACGUGACGUCACCCAAGGUUAAUUAGCGGCGCUAAUUGCUCUAAAUGUGGACUCGAGAUAUAAAUACCGCGAGCAUGUGAACCCUGCGUCCGGCUCAAUGUGUCAUGUGGGUUGAUUCAGAUGUGUUCACCUGGUGUGUGUGGGCCACUUGGACUGGUUCAGGUGUGUUCACCUGGUGUGUGUGUGGGUCACGUGGACUGAUUCAGGGGUGUUCACCUGGUGUGUGUGUGUGGGUCACGUGGGCUGGGUCAGCUGGAGCCACUCGGCUCUACGUGGAGCGAGACGCAGCUCCCCGCGCCGCGUCUCUCACAAUAAACGCGCGGCGAGCGGAGCCGCGAUCUCGCUCCCCGCUGCGCUUAUUGCUACAGCGCAGCGACGCGUGGCGGCGGGGGAGGGGGUCCAGGGGGCGGGGGAGCGGGUGCCCCCUCCUCCCCCCUCGUCCCACCCGGGCUGAGUGGAGUCAGAGCGCCAGAGACCCCUAUCCUGUCCCCGCCCUCGCCGAGAUGCCGGUUCGAAUCUCCACUGUGGAGGCCGAGGGUCCUGUGAUGGGUCUGUGGGUGGUGAGGGUUUCUGAGUGGUCACGCGCUUGAGAUUGACGUGUUGACGGUGACAUAACAUUAAAUAUGACGAAUUGUGA